ACCCUGUUUACCCCAGAAAGCUAGAAGUGUGCAGACGGCCAGGAGAGAGGAGAGAGAGAGGGAAAAAAAUUUCAGACACAAUAAAACUCUGAUGGGGGGAGAAAAUAUGUAGCAGGCGGAGGAGGGAGCCGCGGCCUGGAGCAAGGAUUGCAAACUUUCGCCCGGGUGAACUUCUCUUCCUCCGCCUGCAGAAUCUGCAACUGCAAGAGACGCCGCCGCGCAAGUAUACCAGCAUCUCUGAAGUCUACAUAAAUCACUGACCUUCGACAUCCUAAGCCCCUGGCAAUCUUUGAAUUAAGUCAGUAAAGGGGACAUGGCACGUUUAACGAAACGGCGGCAAGCAGAUACAAAAGCGAUCCAACAUCUCUGGUCAGCUAUAGAAAUCAUCAGAAACCAGAAGCAAAUUGCUAACAUUGAUCGUAUUACAAAGUAUAUGUCUCGGGUUCAUGGUAUGCAUCCCAAGGAGACCACACGUCAGCUUAGUUUAGCAGUGAAGGAUGGCCUUGUUGUUGAAACCUUGACUGUCGGAUGUAAGGGAUCAAAAGCUGGUAUUGAGCAAGAAGGAUACUGGCUGCCUGGAGAUGAGAUUGCCUACAGUAUGCAGCCUUUCUCCCGGACAACAGCAAAAAUCAAGGACUGGGAGACAGAAACUCAUGACUGGUAUUGUUUUGAAUGCCAUUUGCCUGGAGAGGUGUUGAUAUGUGACCUGUGUUUUCGUGUAUAUCAUUCCAAGUGUUUAUCUGAUGAGUUCAGGCUUAGAGACAGCAGUAGUCACUGGCAAUGCCCAGUUUGCAGGAGCAUUAAGAAGAAGAACACCAGUAAGCAGGAGAUGAGCACAUACUUGCGCUUCAUUGUCUCCCGGAUGAAGGAACGAGCUAUUGAUCUAAACAAAAAAGGCAAGGACAACAAACAUCCAAUGUAUCGUCGGCUAGUACACACAGCCGUUGAUGUUCCAACUAUACAAGAGAAAGUAAAUGAAGGAAAAUACAGAAGUUAUGAGGAAUUCAAAGCAGAUGCUCAGCUGCUUCUACACAACACCGUGAUUUUUUAUGGAGUGGACAGUGAACAAGCUGAUAUAGCCAGGAUGCUUUACAAAGAUACCUGCCAUGAGCUGGAUGAACUUCAGCUUUGCAAGAACUGUUUUUAUCUAUCAAAUGCGCGUCCUGACAAUUGGUUCUGCUACCCUUGUAUACCAAAUCAUGAACUGGUUUGGGCCAAAAUGAAAGGCUUUGGAUUCUGGCCUGCAAAAGUCAUGCAAAAAGAGGACAAUCAAGUUGACGUUCGCUUUUUUGGCCAUCACCACCAAAGGGCCUGGAUUCCUUCAGAAAAUAUUCAGGAUAUCACGGUUAAUAUACACCGGCUGCACGUGAAGCGCAGCAUGGGCUGGAAGAAAGCGUGCGAUGAGCUUGAGCUGCAUCAACGUUUCCUUCGGGAUGGCAGAUUCUGGAAAUCCAAAAAUGAGGAUAAAGGAGAGGAAGAGGCAGAAUCAAGCAUCUCUUCUACCAGUAAUGAGCAACUGAAGGUUACUCAGGAGCCAAGAGCAAAGAAAGGAAGACGCAAUCAAAGUGUGGAACCCAAAAAGGAAGUAAGGAACAGCAUGGCAAUUAAAUACAUGCACUUGUGGGAGCCAGAGCCUGAAACGGAAGCAGUGAGUUCAAGUCAGGAAAUUCCCACAAUGCCUCAACCCAUUGAAAAAAUUUCAGUCUCAACACAGACCAAGAAAUUAAGUGCCUCUUCCCCUAAAAUGCUGCACCGGAGCACCCAGACCAAUAAUGACGGCAUAUGUCAAAACAUGUGCCAUGAGAAAUACACCAAAAUCUUCAGCGAGUUCAAGGAUAGAAUCAAGAAUGAUCACAAGCGGGAAACAGAGCGGGUUGUGCGGGAAGCUCUUGAGAAGCUGCGUACGGAAAUGGAGGAGGAAAAAAGGCAGGCUGUGAGCAAAGCCGUUGCAAAUAUGCAGACUGAGUGUGACCGAAAGACAAAGCAGGUGAAGGAGAAAUGCAAGGAGGAAUUUUUAGAAGAAGUCAAGAAGCUAGCCAGCCAGCACAAACAGCUGAUAUCUCAGACCAAGAAGAAGCAAUGGUGCUACAACUGUGAAGAGGAGGCCAUGUAUCACUGCUGUUGGAACACUUCCUAUUGCUCGAUCAAGUGUCAGCAGGAACACUGGCACGCUGAGCACAAACGCACCUGCCGUCGGAAAAGAUGAAGGCUUCCUCGUCCCACCAAGCUGUUGCCCUGAUUCAGUGCUCUCCUCUAACGCAGCAGGUGCUGGGGAUCUUCUCUGGUUUUUAAUGUUGAUUUCCAAGGGGUCAGAAUUAAUGUGAAUUCACUCCCCAUUAUUAUUAAUUAUUAUUAUUAUUUUUGCACCAGCCUUGAAAACACCUUUUCGUAAAUAACUUUUUGCACAGUUAAAUUUCGGUCCUGUGUUUUAACACUCUGCUUCAGAUUGUCAUCUCCUUGCGGCCCUCCUCCCCUCGCUUUUUGUCAGUCAGGCAAUUUGAAUCUCAGCUGGAGCACAUUACUUUUUGAUAAAUUUUAACUGAGGAAAUUUGUUGCAUUUUCAGCAAAUUUAAAAAAAAACACAGAAAAAGAAAAGUUUUUAGGGUUCCAAGAGACAAAGAAAGGUGACAGGAACAUUUUAAAGAGACCUGAAUGUAAGAAAUUUAAAAAGGUUUAGAAAACAGCAUACUACCUGGAUGUAACACAUGUUAAUCGUUUGAGCUGGUUUUGUUCAGCGUAAUUUCCUGCUUCAAGGCAUCAUCUGUUGGCUUGUACCAGUGGGUAUGCAGCUGAAUUUUGGGAACAGGGUUGACGCAGCAGGUGCGAGUCCUGCCACUUCUUAACGUUCUUUUCCCAAUUGUGUUUGUUCCAUUAUUAUUUUUCUUCAAUAUAUAGCUUUUAUAAUGAAAAUAUUAGCUUUGAUCUUAUUGUUUUGAAAUCACCAGGGACUGGGGUAGGCUUUUGCUGAGCCAGGUCUUAGGGGGAAAAAAAGUAAUAUUUAAAUUUUAAAUUUUUGCACAUUUCAUCCUUCUAAUAUGAAUACUUGUAAAAAGAAAGCCAAAAACUAAAAAAAGAACAGCUCGAUUUUACGUUUCAUCAUAUAUAGAGCUCUAAGGUUGAGGCAUAAGAAGAAAAGGCAUAAUAUUUGCCCCGUCCCUUUUACCUUACAGCCCCUUCUCCGCAAUUUUCACCUUACAAAAUGCUAGUUGACCAUUAAUCUAUUUUAAGCACUCAACAGGAAAUUAAGGUUGAGGGAUGGGGAAGCACUUAAGUUUCACAAAAGCAGUUAUGUCUGUAAUAUUUGGUUAUUGCCAUUUUUAUGCUAGAAUGAAGAAUAAUGCAUGUUAAUUUUCCUGUAUUAAAGAUGCUGUGAUUUGUAAAAAGUCUGUCUUUUGCGGAAUGUCUGGAUAAAGAAGUGCUACCGGUAGGAAUGGAUCGAUAGUUGAAAACUGAUUUCCUCCUUCCCUCCCUCCCUCCCUCCCUCCCUCCUUACCUCUUGUUUAUUUUAUGUAUAGGUAUAUAUAUAAAUUGCAUCCAUGUUCAGAGACAGUUUUUUUUAUACAAGGUGUAAACUUUAUUUAACCAGCGUAUCUUUUAAUGCUUCUCGCCAUUUUAGGGUUCUUUUAAAAAGAUGGCCUUAAGAUUCAACGAAUGCCCAUUUAACAUUCUUUUUCCAAGUUCAAACAAAGUAAUUUGUAAAUAUUUAUGUAGACCUUGGAUAUUUAUUGAAAGUGAUAAUACAAUGAAAAAAUAAGAAUGGGAGAACUGGGAGAAAAGGAUUUAAAAAAAAAAUUUCUCUGAAAUUUGCUAGGGUCAAUCAGAAGAUUAAAUUCAUAUUAAGCUUUCUGUGAUCUGUUGCUAUAGUCUAGAUCAGUAUUUCUCAACCUCAGCAACAACAAAGAUGUGUUGGCUGGGGAAUUGUGGGAGUUGAAGUCCAUAUCUUAAAGUCGCUGAGAUUGAGGAACACUGGUCUGGAUCAUCAACAAACAAUGGCGGUUGGAAUGGAGUUCCAGUUUCCAUGAUGAACUUUGAAAAUUCAGGCCGUGUAGCCUGAAUUUAAACGAGAUACAGUUAGUAAAAUGAGAACAAUACCCUCAGAUAUCUUUAUAUUUGACAAGGUGCGUGCAGAUCUCUUGGAUGUGCAGAUUGUCCCAUCCGUUCUGGUGCACAGAGCACCUUCACCACUCGUUUGCCCUGUAUCCAUUCUCUGAAAUGGAUGGGUCUGCUGUGGCAGGGAUCACUCCAUACAGAUAUUGGAGCCUCUGUGCCCCCAAGUGGAGGUUAGGUUGGUGCAAAUACUAACUUUAUCUAGUGACUUAAUACUUUUUAAGAACUGAGUAAUUAUGUUGUAACUAUAUAUAGGAGGCCUUCACACUAGAAAAAGUGCAACAAAGAAACACCCUUUGAUUAUUUUACUAUUGUCCCUCUCCGCCACCCUACCCAAAAAACCUUCGGUCCAACCCUAUAAAAGCAAGUUUUUGUGAAAACUAUUUUUUUGGGGUGUAAAAUCAUUCCAGGAUAUGUAAUAUUUAACUGAAUAGCUGCAUGAAAGUAAAAUUUGUGUUUUUUUGGCUUUUUUUCUUUUGUCUCUGUUGACACGGUUGCACAUUUUCAAGUUAUUACAGUGUGAAAACUGUGGGGUUUUUUUUAAUCAACAAAAGAACAAGAAAAAAAAUUGUGGCCUGGUUUUGUAUAAGUUUUAGGGGGAAAUAUCAUUGUUUAGGAAUCCUGAUUUUAAAUAUCUUUUUUUCCCACAAAUCAUAAAUCUAUAUUAAAGUGUUGAGCUUAGCCACUAUGCACAUUGUAAUUUACUCAUUGUGGCUGUCCAGUUCUAUGAUGCAUUCUGGCAUUUUGUAAGCUGCUCUGACUAGCAAUAUAUAGAGUCAUUAAAUGUGUUAACAUUGGUUAAUAAAUGUAUUUGAAAA